AUGGCCAGCCCCGGUCCGGCCCUGAGCCAAGGCUAUGGCUACGGCAUCGUCCUCGGCGUCGGCUUUGCCUUUGCCGUCUUCAUGAUUUCUCUCACGUACAUCCUCAAGCGCUUCAACAAUGAAGUCCAGACGUCCGAAAUGUUCAACACGGCCGGCCGCACCGUCAAGUCCGGGCUCGUCGCCUCGGCCGUCGUCUCGUCGUGGACCUGGGCCGCGACGCUGCUGCAGAGCACGGGCGUGUGCUAUCGCUACGGCGUCUCCGGGCCCUUUUGGUACGCCUCCGGGGCCACGGUCCAGAUCCUCCUGUUCGCGACCUUGGCCAUCACCCUCAAGAAGCGCGCCCCCAACGCCCACACCUUUCUCGAGGCCAUCAAGGCCCGCUACGGGGCACCGGCGCACUUCACCUUUAUCUCCUUUGGCCUCGUCACAAACGUCCUUGUCUCGCUCAUGCUCAUCGCCGGCGGCGCCGCCACCAUCAACGCGCUGACGGGCGUCCAUGCCGUGGCGGCCAUCUUCCUCAUGCCCAUCCCCGUCGUGGCCUAUACCUUUAUUGGCGGGCUCAAGGCCACCUUCAUCACCGACUACAUCCACGGCUUUGCGGUGCUCAUCAUCAUCAUGCUCUUUGCUCUCACCGCCUACGCCACGUCCGAUGUGCUGGGCAGUCCCUCGGCCGUCUACGACCUGCUCGUCGACGCGGCCAAGGCGCACCCCGUGGCCGGCAACCAGGACGGCAGCUACCUGACGAUGCGGUCCCAGGGCGGCGUCAUCUUCUUCGUCAUCAACAUUGUCGGCAACUUUGGCACCGUCUUCCUCGACAACGGCUACUACAACAAGGCAAUUGCCGCUCACCCCGUCCAUGCGCUGCCGGGCUACAUCAUGGGCGGCAUCGCCUGGUUCGCCAUCCCCUGGCUGACAGCCACGACCCUCGGCCUGUCGGCCCUCGCCCUCGAGUCGAGCCCGCGCUUCCCCACGUAUCCCGACCGCAUGAGCGAGGCCGACGUCUCGGCCGGCCUGGCCCUCCCCUACGCUGCCGUUGCCCUGCUCGGCAAGGGCGGCGCCGUCGCCACGCUCUUCAUGAUCUUCCUGGCCGUCACCUCGUCUUUCAAUGCGGAGCUCGUCGCCACGUCGUCCAUCUUCACCUACGACAUCUACCGCACCUACCUGCGGCCCGACGCCGACGGCAAGCGGCUCAUCUGGAUGUCGCACGCGUGCAUGGUCGUCUACGCCGCCGUCAUCUGCUGCGUCUCGACGGGGCUGUGGUACAACGGCAUCUCGAUGGGCUACCUCUAUCUCCUCAUGGGUGUCCUCAUCUCGGCCGCCGUCAUCCCCGCGACGCUGACGCUGUUGUGGAGCCGGCAGAACCGUUGGGCCGCCGCGCUGACGCCGGUACUCGGGACAGCCUGCGCCAUUGCCGCAUGGCUCGUCACGGCCAAGAAGACGUGCGGCAGGCUCGACGUCGAAUGCACGGGGUCCAAUAACCCCAUGCUUGCCGGAAACGUGACGGCGCUGCUGUCGCCGCUCGUCUUUGUCCCCGUGUUCGGCCUCCUCUUCGGCUUUGACAAGUACGACUGGCAGUCCAUGAUGGCCAUUCGUAAAGCAGACGACCACGACGUCAUCCAGGACUCUGGGCUGGACCCAGAGACCCGACGAGAGCUGGAGCGGGCUCAAGAGGCUGACUUUGCGUUGGAGCAGCGCAAGCUGAAGCGAGCAUUCAAGAUUGCUUGCGUCACGACCGUCACCAUGGCUCUGUCGUUGCUGGUCCUUUGGCCCAUGCCACUGUACGGCUCGGGCUACAUCUUUUCCAAGAAAUUCUUCACCGGCUGGGUGUCGGUCGGCAUCAUAUGGAUCUUUUGCUCCUUUGUCACCAUCGGCUUGUAUCCUGCGUGGGAGAGCCGGGCGACGCUGGCGCGCGUGGUGAGACACAUGGUGACGGGUAAGGCACCGGCAGAGCCGUCGCCGGAGCUCGCGAGCGCGGAGGAUUUAAGCGGAACGGCAACGCCGGUCAAGGGGGAGGCAUAG